AUGGCUAUCAAUCACUCCUCAUUUGAGCUUACUGGCCCGUAUGGCGAUUGGCGAGACGAUCUUCAGUCUCAAGGCUACGCAGUCAUCAAAAAUGUCAUCAGUGCAGAAAAAGCCCAGUACUACCAGAAAAAGGCCUUAGACUGGCUAUCCUCCUUUAACCCGGCUUUCAACCUUGACGAUCCUACUACAUGGAUCAAUGAGAACUUGCCGAUUCAAAGUAAGGUGAAUACUUUCAAUGGGUACUCUGUCACCCAUGAAAAGUUCAUGUGGGAAGCCCGCUCUGAGCCAAAGGUCUUGCAGGCAUUUGCCCAGAUCUGGGGUACCGAUGAACUACUCGUCUCGUUUGAUGCCCUCAACGUGACCUUGCCCAACCGGAAGGACCGGCCUUCCCAGAAGCCUUGGCCCCAUGUAGACCAGUCUCCGAUGCGUCGCGGGCUGCACUGUGUUCAGGGGAUUAUCAACCUCAGCCAUGCAGGUCCCGAUGAUGGAUCGUUGAUGGUGUUUCCCCGGUCCAACACGGUCACGGAAGAAUUUUUCGAUGAAACAGAUCCAUCCACCUGGGAACGAAAGGACAUCCGGCUUUUUACCGAGCCGGAAAUCGAGUGGUUUACGCGACGGGGGUUGAAGCCCCUGAAGGUCUUGGCCGAACCUGGGGACUUGAUCGUGUGGGAUUCACGCACGGUGCAUUGGGGUGGGGAACCAACCGCUGCCAGCAACACCAUCCGAACGGUGAUUUAUGCGUCGUAUGCCCCGGCUCGGUUGGCUAGCGAGGAGACGCUGCGGUUGAAACAGGAGGCCCUGAGAAGUUAUCGUGCGACGACACACUGGCCACAUGAAAACAUUGUCCUGCGCGAUCAAUUGGUGUAUCAGGAUGGGAAUGUCGAUCCCCGCAGUCGGACCGCGCCGUUGGAGUUACCCGAGUAUACCGAUCGCAUGCUUCAACUAGCGGGGGCCAAAAUGUACUAG